AUGGCAGUGCAGGUCCUGGUGUCAGGUGCAGCUCCGAAGCCACUCAUUCAUGUCCUGAAAAUCACAGAGGACGAGGCGCGGCUGAAGUGUGAGGUCAGAGGUGCUUCUCCAAAGCCUAAAGUAGAGUGGAGGGACAGCGAUGGGAACAUCCUUCCUGCUGAGGAGCCACAGGUGUCACGCACAGGAGAGCGCUAUGACAUCACCCUCCUCACCACGGUGACCAGGACAAACAUCAGCCCCUUCCACUGUGUAGCCACACAGGAGGAGAUCGGCCAUGUGACUGAGGAUAAGCUCUCCGUCGCUUUCUGUGGUGCAGCUCCAAAGCCUUUUGUUGGGAUCCUGAACAUCACGGAGUACAGGGUGCAGCUGAGGUGUGAGGUCAGAGGUGCGUCUCCAAAGCCUAGAGUGGAGUGGAGGGACAGCCAUGGAAACAUCCUUCCUGCUGAGCAGCCACAGGUGUCACACAGAGACGGCCGCUAUGACAUCACCCUCCUCACCACGGUGACCAGGACAAACACCAACAUCUUCCACUGCGUGGCCACACAGGAGGAGAUCGGCCAUGUGACUGAAGAAGAGAUCCACGUUCCAGAUCAGCUGUUCGAGUCCUGCGAUGGAGUCGGGCGAGGAACCGUCGUGGUGGUUGUAUCUGAAGGAAACUACAUCAUCUUGCCGUGCUCGCUCAGCUCCCAGGAGAGCCUCGUACGAACGCGCUUUCACUGGAAGAAAGACGAUGAGCGGGAGGUGUUUGUGUACGACGCCGGCCUCCAUCAUAAUAACAGACGUUCAGGUCAAGACGAGCACUUCAGAGGACGCGUGUCACACUUUUCAGACCAGCUGAAGUUUGGUAACGCCUCCAUCAUCCUCAGAAACACCAAGGUGGCCGACAGUGGAGGCUACACCUGUGAUUUUCCAUUUCAUCAGCCGGACAGAGAAACAUUUAACGUCACCCUGGUUGUUGGUGCAGCUCCGAAGCCGUUUGUUGGGAUCCUGAACAUCAGCGAGGUCGGGGUGCAGCUGAAGUGUGAGGUCAGAGGUGCUUCUCCAAAGCUGAGAGUAGAGUGGAGGGACAGCGAUGGGAACAUCCUUCCUGCUGAGGAGCCACAGGUGUCACACAGAGACGGCCGCUAUGACAUCACCCUCCUCACCACGGUGACCAGGACAAACACAAACCACUUCCUCUGUGUAGCCACGCAGGAGGAGCUCAGCCACCGAGCUGCUGACGAGAUCUUUGUUCCAGGUUUGAUUCCCGCUCAUCAUGUUUCCAUCUGUGAUGCUGAUGUUUGUAUGUUUUAA